AUGCGUACACCCAGAAAGCUUCUCGGUCUUACGCUAUCUCGCACAAGAGGUCCAUUUUCUACAGAACCGCUAUUAAAUUUGGUGCUCAAACAAUCUUUAGAGUACUUGGCUAUCGAGGCGUUACUUGAGCUCUUCGCCAGCCUUUUAUCGGAAAAGGGACACCCCGAAUUCUUGAAUAAUGUAUUCGAUGCUGAGUUAUUUCCAGCGCACAAAACGCUGCGAUCGAUUGUGGGUACGGCAGGAAAAGUGGAUUGGGAACAGAUAUCCUGUCAGAUAUGUCAAGUCCUUGCAGACAUGAAUAUUGCAUACCCCCAGCCUUUUCGAAUAAUCAAGUCAUCUAUUACUGGGAAGAUUCCGAGUCCGGUUGGUCAACUCUAUGUCGAUGAGAAAGGGUUCACAUCUAAUAUAGACGAGGACGACGCAUACGAAACCUUCCAGGUUCCUUAUCUAAUCAUAGACAAGAUACGCUUUUACAGCUACGAACACUCUCCCACCUGUACAACAUUUACCUUUAAACUCAAAUCCACCCCGAAUUUCGGGCGGAGAGGUGCGAAUGAGAACGGAGAAGUUACUUGGACGAUCGACAUAGAACGACACCGCCUGCAAGCGUUCCUCAAGGCUUUGAAGGCUCGAAAUCUGGUUCACCUUAUCGAUCGACAUGAGCGGAAACUAUCCAAAAAUGGCGAUGAACUGUCGUUGGAGCUUCUUCCAAGCUCCGGGACUCUGUCGGUUAGUUCGAUGCUUCUUACCACUGAAACUGCUUUCAACUUAUCUUCUCAGGAGAAGAUACAACAAUUUUGUGAUUUUCCUUCGGAGAGUGUCCUUCCGACUUCUCCGAUCGUGGUGCUAGAAGACUCCACGCAAGUUGACGGGUGUCCAAGGGCAAAGAUUGCGCCAUCCUCUCCUAAAGUUGCCCUUUCUACACCACCCGAUAUUCUUCAGGGACAUUCCGAACAGUUAGAUACGAUGUUGGAUUCUGAAUUGCACGGUCAGAGGUCCUCUGAACAAGGAAUCGACGGAGUUAGAGGACUCAAACGUGUUGCUGCCCAAUUGUCUAAUUCGCCUCCUUCAAAGCGUAAACGAUUGAAAGCCUCCGAAGGUCUAAAUCAACGACCUCAGCCCUCUCGUGGUAAGCCGGCGGAUGAAGACCUGAACAACAUUGCGCCUCCGGUGUUUGUUAAGUCUCCCAAAGCGACGAAACGUUAUGGGAAGAAAACACGAACGUCAUCGCCUGAAGCUCCCUUUGAUGGAAAGUCUGAUUACGAGCAAAUUCCCGCACUACAGGUAGCCUUCAAGACCUCGAAGAAGACGCAGGCGGGCGAACGGAAAUUGAUGGGAGCGGCCGUACAUCGAAAGCGCGGAAAUAACGGUCUGGCAUCCUCCCCUCAGCGCGAAAUGAAAAAAGAGAAGCAGAAUGGUCCAGGGAAGAGACAGAGAAAUGGCGCAAGGGGAAACGCAGAAGCGGUCGAUAUACACGAGUAUCAACCUCGCAGGUCCGCUCGAGUCAAAGAACAAGGAAAUUUGAAGGUGAUAUUCAUAUUACCCCAGCUCAAAACAGUGCCGGAAUGUCAUUUCUCUUUGUUCAUUCAGAUUGACUACGGGGAUCUUUCCGAUGAAGCACAAGGACGAGUCACCUCAGCCCAUUACAAGGAAAAGGAAAGAUCAGAUACGAGUGAAAAAAGGUCCGGUCAAGUCUCUAGGAAAGAACGGAAGUUGGAAACGAUCGAACUUACUUUGUGCGACCACGGUGAUUCACCGCAACUCCAAUCAGAUAACCCCAGACCGCCUCGCCCUGAGGACAUACUUAAACAGGAUGGGAAGUCAAGAAGGAACGCCGAAGUCAUUGACGUUGACGCCGAAGAAGAUGCCACUGUCGUACACGACGAUCUCCAGCAGCAAUUCCCAUGGUCGCCCAACCGGCUCCAACAAGCCUUGAAAUCCCCGAUUCCUGAUCUUCCGAAGGCCACAUCCUCCAAGGGCGGGGCGGUGUCAGCCGUGAAGUCCACUGAAAUCCAGCAAAAAAAGCUUCUUAAUGAUCCCGGUCCUUAUAAAGCACAAACUAUUAUCGCCAAAGUCUCCUUGAAGUCUGGUCACGUUCCUCCCUCGAAACUCGCUGGCUUCACUUCUAAGACCGUGAGAAGGGUUAUGAACAAAACUGUCCCUACCAAUAAGUCUGUCGCUUCAUCCGCCGCUCCCACUUUAAGUCCAGAACCGGUGAAUGAGGAUGCCAUCGAAGAUUUUUCGAGUCCCAGACCGCCAGAACGGGGUAACUCACCCAUGGUGAAUCAGAAUAAUGUGGACCCCGCUUAUGUUCCUAGGCCGGCAAAGACUGAACUAUCUGAAAUGCCCUCUCCACGGCCCCCACUGGCAGAACAUGCUCAGCCCACUCCAAGUCUUGUCAAAUACACGCCCGACUUGAAGUCCUUACCGGAAGCUGCUACCUCUGCGAAGUCAAAGGAAACUUCCACAGUCCUCUGUCUCUCUGGAUGUCAUGCAAGUGCUGCUGAUAAUGAACUGGACGUUGCUACUCUUGAUAAGAAGUCCACUUCGGACAACACGCCUGUUCUCUCAAAAUCCUUCCGUCGCCUCGAAGUCACAAGUAUGGUUGAGCAUGGUCUUCCUCCCCUUGAAUCGUCGGUGAAGGCACGACCAGUACAGGUAUCUGGCUUUACUUCCACACCUGUUACCAAUGGGUCAAAGUCGGCCGUUCGGCGCAGAGAUUCUGGACUUCGUCGAAUUCCGGAACGCAAUGGCUAUGGUCUCGACCUUGGCCCACAUCAUAGGAAAAAAGAGAGGACUGCCGACAUUGUUGACGUCCUGAACAGCAUUCAGCAGGUGCUCAUUAACAAGUUCACUAAACGAAUCCUUGAAGUCAAGACAGAAGUGCGCGUAGGACGAGACAAUAUCCUUCGUGACGCUGCGGCCGACAUUGAAAGUAUGCGGAUUGAAAGCGCCUCUUCCUUCAACGAGUUUUUGGAUCUCGAUUCGGAAUAUUCCUCCUAUAGUCAAGAUGUUCUAGAACGACUUGAAGACGUGAACGGGGUGAAUAUCACGAUUGUUCGGAAACUCGAGGAGAUACUUGAGCAUCAUGACAGGAAUACAUUGUCAAAGAGGUUCCCAAAGACACUUCUUUCGCUACCUAAUACCCUCACCAAUCCGCAGCUUUGA